AGUGCAUUUUUUUCAUCAUCAAUGGCGGCUACUCCCCAUCCCUCUCACUCCCCAUCUCUUCCCCGAACCCUAAACCACCCAUUAACCCCAAACCCAUUUUCCAAACUCUCCGUUUUGCCCCUCAAAACUUCCAAAAAUCUCUUCAAGCACCCUUCCUUCUCCCUCAAAGCUAUUCUCUCUGAAAACCCUGCUAAAACCCUCAACACCACUUUUCAACAUUGUUUCGCCAAAUCCCCAGAUGGGUUUCUCUGCUGUGAGGAUACCAAGGUCCAGGACGUCAUGGAAAAGGUAGAAAAGAGACCGUUUUAUUUGUACAGUAAGCCUCAAAUUACUAGGAAUGUGGAAGCUUAUAAGGAGGCUCUGGAAGGGUUGAAGAAUUCCAUUAUUGGAUACGCGAUUAAGGCGAACAAUAAUUACAAGAUUUUGCAGCAUUUGAGGAAGUUGGGUUGCGGUGCUGUGCUUGUUAGUGGCAAUGAACUCAAGUUGGCUCUUGGUGCCGGCUUCGAUCCAACUAAGUGUAUAUUUAAUGGGAAUGGGAAGAUCUUGGAAGAUUUGGUACUAGCUUCCAAAGAAGGUGUUUUUGUGAACGUGGAUAGUGAGUUUGAUCUGGAGAAUAUUGUUGCAGCUGCAAGAAUUGCUGGCAGAAAGAUUAAUGUUUUGCUUCGGAUCAACCCUGAUGUGGAUCCUCAGGUUCAUCCAUAUGUUGCUACCGGAAACAAGAACUCUAAAUUUGGUAUUAGGAAUGAGAAGCUGCAGUGGUUUCUGGAUGCUGUAAAGGCACACCCUAAUGAACUGAAGCUUGUGGGGGCCCAUUGUCAUCUUGGUUCUACCAUUACCAAGGUGGACAUUUUCAGGGAUGCUGCUGUUCUUAUGGUCAAUUACAUUGAUGAAAUUCGUGCCCAAGGGUUUGAAGUUGAUUAUUUGAACAUUGGAGGUGGUUUGGGGAUAGAUUACUACCAUAGUGGUUCCGUCCUUCCCACACCUAGAGAUCUCAUUGACACUGUCAGAGAAUUGGUAAUUUCAAGAAAUCUUAAUCUCAUCAUUGAACCAGGGAGAUCACUCAUUGCAAAUACUUGCUGCUUAGUCAAUCGUGUCACCGGAGUCAAAACUAAUGGAACAAAAAAUUUCAUUGUUAUUGAUGGCAGUAUGGCUGAACUUAUCCGUCCUAGUCUUUAUGAUGCUUACCAACAUAUAGAGUUGGUUUCUCCUGCUCCUCCUGAUGCAGAGGUUUCUACCUUCGAUAUUGUUGGCCCUGUUUGUGAAUCUGCAGAUUUCUUGGGAAAGGAGAGAGAACUUCCCACCCUAGCUAGGGGGACUGGCCUGGUCGUGCACGAUGCAGGUGCUUACUGCAUGAGCAUGGCAUCAACUUAUAAUCUCAAGAUGCGCCCACCUGAGUACUGGGUUGAAGAAGAUGGAUCAGUGACCAAGAUACGGCACGGGGAAACAUUUGAAGAUCACAUGAGGUUUUUUGAAGGUCUUUAGUUUGAUCAAAGAAUAGAUGCUUGUUCGAGGCUUGAAAUUGGAUUAGAAUGUAUUAUGUGCAUGAGU